AAAUACAUAAAUACAGUCAUACAUAAAUAAAAAUAUUGAAAAUUUGAAUAAUUUAUUAUUUUUAUCAGAUCAGCCCAACUUUUUAUUCAGGUUUUAGGGUGUAUUAGUCUUUGCUAAAAGUCAGUCCGUUGAAGUUACUAUCAAACGAUGAAAAUGCCGCCGCAACCCGUAGAGAACCAAAAUUCGAGCCUUCUGAGCACUGAGGAAAAUUUUCAGGUUUUCAAACUUUUGGGCAACAGAUGCCAGACAAUAUCUACCACUGUGGUGCAACUGUUCACCACCGUUCCCCCGCAUCAUGCCCAAUGGCUCAAAAGAGGCACUGGAGUCUUAUGUUUUGUUCGGGACAAUAGCAAGAAGAACUAUUUUUUCCGCUUAUUUAGUCUGAAGCGGAACCAGAUGAUGUGGGAACAUGAGAUGUACAAUAAUAUGGAAUAUGUGGAAAGUGCUCCUUUUUUCCACACCUUUGAGGGAGAGGAGGGGAUAAUUGGCUUUAAUUUCGCUAGCCAAUCGGAAGCAAAGUCUUUUAGAGCAGUAGUAGACCAAAAAAUCACAAUGAAAAAACGUAAAGAGGAGAAGAAAGCGCGACAAAGCGCUCAAAGCCAGAGCUUACGUCUACCCCAACAGCGAAACCUUGAUUUUUCUACUAAACAGGAACGGAGCAAAGAAAAACGUAAAAGAAAUAUCACCAAAGCGGAUAUUGGAAUACCUAUGGACUUUGUUCACGUUUCUCAUGUAGGAUUCAAGUCGGGUAUUGGAUAUGAAGGUUUUGGUGAAACCGAAGAUCCACAAUUAAAAACUUUAUUUGAGAAGGCUGGUGUAUCGGAGAAGCAACUCCAAGACAAAGAAACGAUGGAAUUUAUUUACGAUUUUAUAGACAAACAUAGAAACUCGUCGGUACAGAAUACCAGUUUGCCUGCGGUGCCACCCAGAGGGGCGCCAAGACCUCCCUCGGCUACUCCUAGACCUGCACCACCUCCACCACCAACUGAGAGAAGACCGUCUUCUAAUGAGACCAACAAUAAUUGGACCAGAAAACCGUGCCCACCUUCACCUCCUAGACCGCAGAAACCUACGAACAAUGCAGUAGGUGGACCGGCGCCUCCACCUCCUCCUCCUCCACCACCCGUGACAAUGGACAAUGCCCCUCCACCACCCCCAAUGAAUGGUAUGCCUCCUCCUAUGAUGGAAUCGGAUGGAAAUGCCGCUUUGUUGGAGAGUAUUAGAAGUGGGACUAAAUUAAAGCAUGUGGAAGAAUCACGACCAGCCCCCGUAGAGGACGCCAGAGGAGACCUUUUGAGCGAAAUACGAAAGGGAAUAUCGUUGAAAAAAGUGGACGAGAGAGAGAUCAGACCAUUGGAUCCUUCGCCAACAAACACCGGAGGCAUCGAUUUGGCCAUGGCAUUAAGAAUGGCACUCGAAAAACGUGCACUACACACUUGUCCCAGCGAGGAUGACGAUGACGGUAGUACCACGUCCAACGACGACGAAUGGGACUAACUGCCUAUACAUUUUUUUUGUAUAUAAAGUAUUUAUGUUUAUAGAUAUAUUGCAUCAACUGUAUGUAAAAUAUUUAGGAGCAAUAAUAUUAAUAUUAUUAUUUUGUGCCAACACAGGUUCAAACCAGUUUGUAUUAAUUAAAUACCGCACAUGUAUUUAAACUUUUUUUUGCUGCACAAAUAAGUCAAACAUAUAUAAUUUUAGUUGUUAUGGUGUAAAUAAUUUUAUAACGAGGUAACCUGAAUAUAAUAUAAUGUUAUUUUUAA